AGUUUGCCGCCGACCGUUGUGCUGUACGGACGUGUUUGGUCGGCUGAACAAAUAUUGUACGGUCGUACGUUUGGUGUAGUGGUGUACGAGUGGUUUAUGUUGUUGUGUUUGCUAGUAUGAGGACAUAAAUGGUGUUUGAUUACGGAGAUUUAUGAACGUAAUAAGAUAAACAUAGUGGUGUUCAGUGAAAAUGCAAGUGACUUAAGUGUAAAGUGUUCAAUAUGAAGACCUCAAACUUGGUGCUGACACUCAUUUGUGUCAUCUCGCUCACCUGCACUCACGCCAAAACAGGAUACUUCUGGCACAUAACAGACUUCCACUAUGAUCCCCUCUACACAUCACAAGGCGACACUAGAAGACAUUGUCGCCGAGCAGACGAGCGAGGGAGUUCAGGCCACCAUAGGGCGUUGGGUCGCUUCGGAGACUACUCGUGCGACAGCUCACUCGAGUUGAUCGAGUCAGCCGCGCGGUACAUGCGCACACGACAUUCUGAGAAUGUUGAGUUCGUGCUUUGGACUGGUGACAUCAUAGCAGCUCGAUACACGGGCAACGAGGAUGACAAGAUCCAAGCUAUAAGAAAUAUGACAGAUCUUCUCAGUAGAACGUUCAGUUCACACUUUGUGUUCCCAGUACUGGGUCACUUGGACCCCGCGCCGUCCGAGAGCCUUACUAAUUUAUGGAUGCACUGGCUACCUUUGGAAGCUUUGCAGACAUUCAAAUUUGGUGGAUACUACACCAUAGAACAAAAACAAAGCAAGCUUCGGAUAGUAGCGCUUAACACUAAUCUGUUUAGCGUCAGGGAUUCGAACAGCAUACAGGCGAAGAAACAGUGGGAUUGGCUAGACGAGGUGCUGGAUAAAGCUACUGCUAACAAAGAAAUGGUGUACAUAGUAGGCCAUGCGGCCCCAGGGUCGGACUCACGACAUCCCUACGACAUGUCAGCUGAUGCUAACGCGAAAUAUCUCCGCAUGGUCCGACGACACGCCAAGAUCAUCGCUGGACAGUUCUUCGGACAUCUACAUGCUGAUACAUUCAGAGUCAUCUAUGAUAAUGAUCGACCAGUGUCCUGGACGUUCAUGGCUCCAUCUGUGAGUCCUCACCGUGAUCCAGCCGACUCUUCUAACCCUGGGCUCAGGCUUUACAAGUUUGAUACUAAUACGGGGAAGGUGUUAGACUACACCCAAUACUUCUUGGACCUGGCAGCAGCCAACAGAAAUCUAGCAGAAUGGACGGCGGAGUAUAACCUCACACAGUACUACGGCCUGCACGAGGUGUCCGCCAUGUCUCUGCACAAUCUGGCUGAUAAGCUGCAGAUAGGCACGCCGCAUGAGACCAAUAUAUUUCACAAGUACUUACGAGCCUAUCGCGUCAGGCACGAAAGCUCAGAAUCGUGUGACGGUGCGUGUGCCCAUCAACACUUCUGCGCUAUAACAUGCUUAGAGCAUGUCGCAUACCGUCAGUGCGUGGAAGCAGCCGCAAGCGCCCUCGCUGCAGCCGGUGACUCAGCCCCGAUGACAUUACCACUUUACACCACAUUACUGAUUUUAAUCUCUAUCAUCAUUGUAAUUGGGUAGAUUUUUGUAUCUUCAAUUACUUUUUAUAAGGUCCUUUUUUCAGUAUUCCUUGUGAACACAAUGUCGCCUAAAGGUAUGCUUCGAUAUCAUCAUGUUUUGUUUCGACACUUUUUUCUUGUAAAUAAAUACAGUAUUAUUUACCUACCUACGAGAUAAUUGAUAAAUGGGAUGUACGUACGUGAUUGAUUGAUUGUACACGUUUUUGUACGGAACUGUGAAAUGUACCAGUAAACUGAACGGUUUUUGAAAAAAAAAUGGUUCAAAGAGAAUCCAAAUUACACAAAUUUUUGCCGAGACACGUGCUUCAAACGUGUGACUAUGAUCGCAGUGUUAGCCGCGAGCGUGUUCGGUCCGUUCAAUCGUUUAUAUGACGUAAUAUUCAAAUUGGUCCAUUGUUUUGAAACGUGUUUUUAGGUAAAUAUUUAAAAUUUAUUUUACAUUACACUAAAAUAAAAACUGUUUACAUAAUGAGACGUAAAUAAUUUUACAACGUAAUAACAAUUUCUUGAGCUCAUAAUCGGACUUUACCUUUGACGUGUAAAUAUAAUUGUGCUUCAAAAGUAUGAAUAGGUUAUAAACAUAGGGGGUAAGUAGGUUUAUAUUGAGCAGUGUAUUGAGAUAGCUCAGACGGCAUUUGUGAUAACGCUUGAUGAUACGUGAAGUGCUUAGAAUAGUAAAACUUUUAUUACUAAAAAUAAUUGUAAAAUAUAUGCUUUAGACAUUCUAGUCCUAUAGAAUAAAAAUUAAUAUAACAAGAAAUAAAUAGUCGAAAAAUUAAUGUUGUAAAAAAUUCGAGACUGUAAAUUAUAAAAAAACGAAAUUAAUUUUUCGGAAACACAUUUAAAAAUUAUAUAAAUUACAAUUUAGUAAUCCGUAAAAUGUGGUCUUUUGAUAUUCCAUUUGUAUUAAUUUAGUGAUGUUUUGUAACACACGAAUAUUGUCAUUAUUAAACAAAGUAUGCUUGCUUUUGAUGUAAAAUUGGUGUACUUUUACUGUAAAUAUUAAGUUUAGUAAGUAGAAUUUUUAUAAGGUCAUUUAAAAGUUACAGUCGACCUAUUAAAAUUAGUAUAAAAAUUCCUAGAAGUAUAAAUUGAAAGUUGAAAAACUGGAAUAAUUUAAUUAAAAAUUUGUCUUGGAAACUUCGUCCUCGCAUAAUUGGGCUGGGCUUUGUCAAGGCAAAAACAAUUGGUGAGUUUAUUUGUUGGACUUUAAUUUCAUCGAUAAACACAUUGUUUGUUUUAAUUAUCGUUAUUUUAAUUAUGUUACACUUAUUGCAUUUAAAGAUUGUUUCGUAAACUGUGACUCAUUAUUUUGUCUUUUGUAACAUUUUUUACGUUAUCUUAAUAAUAUCAAUGAAUUAUUAUGUUACCAAUUAAUUAUUAUGAUAACAUAAUAACGGAACAUUUUGACGAGGAACUCGACUAGUUUCAAGCCAUGCUAGAGGUCAGUAGCAGCUGAAUGCUGUUCAUGAAUAUGAGUCUCUAGCAUGCUCUGUAACUAGUUAAGUUUUCAUCAAAAUAUUACGUGGGUACCUAUGCCGAUAACAUAAUAAUUAAUUUAGUAUGUCCCCCGAAAAUUAUAAUAAAAAUAUUUAUGUUAUGUAAUAAUUAUGUUAUAAAAAUAUGUAAUGUUAUGUUAAGUUUGAUGUUCCAGUGUUACUUUGUAUCGACUAAAAUAUUUGUCAACAAUAAUUAGGAGGGCCUAUUAGUUAUUAUUAUUAACAUUAUUUAUUUAAUCUGUCUUGUAACAAUAUAAGUAAUCGAGUCGAAACCGAAAAUGUAUUACAUAAAUCUGAAAAUAUUUUGUAUUCAUUAAUAAAUUAUUAUAAUAAAAAACUAGUCAUAAUUUUAAAAUUUAAAUCGCUGUAAAUACAUAAUUAAAAUUGUAAUUAAUUUAAUUUUGAAAUUGUAAAUGAGGAACAACUAGUGAAUAAGUGAAAUACUUAAUACUUAUCGAAUUGCUUAAUUUAAUUUAUUAAUUAUCGAAAAUAUAAAUACUUGACAUUAUUCCGUAAAAACAGUUGAAUGCUUUAUAAAUAUUAAACUAAAAAAAAUACUCAAUUAAAAUAGUAACGUCGAAAAAUUUAUAUUUUACAAUAUUACAAUCCGUAUUACAAUAUUGAAAUCCGCAUCGAUUUAAAGGAGAUUUAAAAACCAAUAUUCGUUAUUAAUAAAUAUUGCAUUCAACUGGUAGCAGGUUUAUCUAGCGAAAUAAAAUACUGUUUCAUUUCGCAAUAAUUAUUAUCGAUGUUCCCGUAUUUGUAUCGACUGGAUGUUUCAAUUAAUUUUUAAUAAAGAAUUGUAAUCAA